AUGAAGCUCACUCUCGGGCUUGUUGCAGCCCUGGCCGGCUGCGCAGCAGCAGCGCAACAGGCCGCCGAGGUCUACAUCCUCCCUGGCGCCUCCCAGUCCUCCACAGUUCCCUCCGUCUCGCGAAGCCUCGCACGCCUCAUCCUCCUACAGCGACUGGCGCCCGCCGGAAAGGGGCCAUCGACUGCCGAAAUCCCCAAUGGGUCCGACGCCGAGAACGUUGUUUCUUUAAUCAGCAAGUUUGGGAAGGAGCCCGUGUCGCUGUUUGGACAGGGCGAGACUCUGGCUCCCAGUCAGCUUGUCGUCAUGGUCGAGGGUUUGAAUGAUGACCAGAUCAAGACUCUCGGCCGCUCAUUCAAGUCGGGCCCCUCAUUCACAAUCCCCGACCCUCCUUCCGCGCAUGCAAACGAGAAGCUCAUUAGCAACGACGUGUACAAUGUUGGUGUUACGAAUGAUCACAAGUGCUCGAUCAAGAAGCUUAGCAACCCAUUUGAUAAAAACUGCUGGAGCGGCAAGUCUGCCGUGGCAAAAUACAAUGUCCAAAAGGACCCUUCCGUUGUUGGAGAUCUCUCGCGUCUAGCCUCCCAUUUCGCACGCCUUGCCACGAGCGGCGAGAUGGAAACUACCAUCGUCCUCUUCCACGCGUCGACCGCCAACUCAAACGUCAACCAAUGGUCUGAGAAGUUCCAAGAAUUGCGCCGCCGCCAGGCUGCCGAAGAAGUCGUCUCAGUGUUUGAGGUUGACGUUGAAGUCGAUCUCCCAUCCUCCGUCGGGGAGUCGGAUGCGAAGAUGACCAUCUUCUCCUCGCCAUCUAAGGUACCAACCUGCUUCACCUCUAAGGAAGCCUGUCUCUCGGGCACCAACAAAUGCUCUGGCUACGGCGAGUGCCUCAAUCGCUGGGCUGAGCCCGAUGGCUCAGAUGAGCAGUCUGGUUCAGAUGGCAAGGGCAGAGUCUGCUACGCUUGCCACUGCUCGAAGCGCCGCGAGAAGUCGGGCGGUGUUACGCAGAUGGCUGGCCCAACUUGUUCAAAGCAAGACGUGAGCGUGCCAUUCUGGCUCUUUGCUGGCUUCACAUUGCUUAUGGUCGGCAUCCUCACUUUCGCUAUUGGCAUCCUGUUCAGCGUGGGCGAAGAGAAGCUACCUGGCGUUCUUGGCGCUGGUGUCUCAAAGUCUAAAUAG